GCGCGCCGCUCGCAGGGCGGAAGUUGUUAUUGUUUACAAUGUGUACAAGUUUUGCUUUAGCAGCGUAAUAGUGUGCACGCUUUCCUUUUGAAUAGAGAUGAGCAGAAAUGAAUCGAAAUGAAAGCAGUGCGAAUGUUUCCACGGUCGGUUGAACGUGGAGCCGGUUUCGAAUGAAGUGCUAGUUAGCUUAGCUGCUCGAGUCGCCUGUGUUUGUUUGUUUAUUUAUUUAUUUAUUUGAAUUGAAAUGAACGUGUGUGUGAGAAUAGACUGAACCUCAUCAUGCCUUCGUAUGAAGAAUGGAAGAAAAACAUUUACUUCUAUUACUGUGUUAAAUUCACAUUAAACGUUUAUUCCAUGCUGUUUUCGUUUGUGGGCCUGUGCGUGCUGUGUGUGGGCGUGUAUGCCGAGGUGGAGAGGCAGAAGCACCGCACGCUGGAGGGAGUGUUUCUGGCCCCGGCUGUGGUUCUCAUCCUGCUGGGUCUGGUCAUGUUCUCCGUGUCUGUGGUGGGAAUGUUGGGUUCACUGCGCGACAACAAAACUCUGCUGCACAUGUUCCUCAGUGUGCUGUCUGUCCUGCUGGCGCUCCAGUUUCUCGCACUCAUCGUCGCUCUGCUGUUUGAGAAAACGACGUCCGAAUUGUUCCAGAAGAACAUACGGCAAGGCAUCAAGCACUACUACGAUGACCUGGACUUCAAGAACAUCCUGGACUACGUGCAGGAGAAGUUCUCCUGCUGUGGAGGUGAUGAAUAUAAAGACUGGGAGGUGAAUCAGUACCACUUCUGUAACGGCACCGGGCCUCUGGCCUGCGGCGUUCCUUACACCUGCUGCGUCCGGAAAAAAGAACCUGGAGAAGUAGUAAACACACUGUGUGGCUAUAAGACUCUUACCAAACAGCGUGAAGAUCUGGCCGAUGUCAUACACGUGCGUGGAUGUAUUCAUGCUGUAAACCUGUGGAUGGGCGACAACAUCGGGGCCACGAUAGGAAUCUGCUGCGCUGUGGGGUUGCCUCAGUUUCUGGGCAUCCUGUUGAGCUGCAUCUUCUGGAACCUUCUGGUGGAGAUGAGCGAAUCCGUAGACAUGGUGGACUUCAAGAUACUCAAGAAGGCUGGAUUCAACUACAACGAGCUGGACCUGUCCGGCGCCGGCUGGUGCAUGUGCCUGCCCCGUGUUGGCGGCUACCUGCCUAUACCUCACGCAGAACCAGAACCGGAGCCGGAAGCAGAAGCCCUGAGCCCAGAUCUUGAUGACCCUGUGACCUUAGAGCAGAUGCAGGCUGAGAUGUCCCUCAACCUAUCAAAACAAGACCAGCUCGGAAUGGAUGAGGUAGACAAUCGUGUGUAGAGGGAACCGAGGUGCAUCUCCUUCAGUUGUUUGUAAUUUAACUGUGAUUUUUUUAAUUUAUUUUUUUCAGUUUAGAUAUGAAGAGCACUAGCUCUUUUAUUGCACUGUCGAGUCUUGCACUACGCACCGGGUUCAUUGUCAACAGAAAAAGAUUUUCAUUGAGCCUUAUAAAUUAGACAAUGCAUACUUUCUCACUAAGCUGUCGAACAUAAUGGAUGUGAUUUUUAUGAUUUUUUUUUAAAAAAAAAUCCAUUUUAAACACAUUUCUACAUUUUUACCUACACAAAAGGGAUUUGUUUUAGAUUUGUUGGGUUUAGCUUGUUGUAUUCAUCAUGUCGUAUUUUAAUUGUGAAUCAUUUGAUUGACAACUGAAAUGUUCAGAUUUUUUUUUAAAGCAUCUCAUUUUAAAAAGUGAAUUUGGAUCAGAAAUCAGGGUGAAAUUAUUAUUUAUUUCUAUUUGCUUUUUAUUUAUUUGUAACGCUUUGUAAAUGAACAUAAGUGUGUAGGUACUGUAUGUGUAGAUGUUAGAAAAGCCAGGUGAUGUUAAUCUUAUUGAUUUGGCACUAGGAACUGAAGCAACGAAAUUGAAAUGUUCCUUAGCUUAAAUUUUUACAUUUAUUUAUUUAACUUUUUUCCAACGAUCAGAUUGUUUCCAUUUGAGUAGGGAUGCAUUGAUAUUAAUACUGAUAUCAGGUAUUUCAAUUUCAAUAGAAAUCCAUUACCAGGUGAUGCUAGUUGUAGGUUCAAACGAAACUGAAGCGAUCUGUGCAUAUUUAAUGAUUAAUAAUUGGACUGCAUAUGGUGGAAAUAUCCAGAGCAGCAACUACAGCAUCAUCCUUCAAUACAAGUCACCUGAUGAAACAUUUGAGGAGUUCAUCAUGGCAGCAGAUGCUAGCUAAGUUAGGUGAGUGAAAAUUACAGCUCUUACCCAGUAUGUUGUUCUUGACAGUCUGCUGCUAUUGAUCAUUGACAGUGAGGGAUUGAGAUUGAAACAUACGUUUUUUGGAAGUGAAAUAAAACCUGCUCUAGAUCCGAAGUAACUAAUGUAACUAGCUAACUUGAUUUAAAAUCAACUCGCUAACAUUAUAAAGAAAGAGGCCACUACUUGAACAUAAACAAAGCUAAAUAAAAUGUUCCGUUCCUUUCCAAGUUAUUACUCAUUACUGCGGUGUCAGUAUCGUUAUCGAACACUACCACGCAAAAAAACAUCCACGCAUAUUUCGUACUGAUCCGUAUCGAUGCAUUCCAAUGUUUUUUUUGUUUUUUUUUUUCCCAGAAUGUACGCUUACACCAAGUAGCCAUAAUCACUUCAGUGUCCAGUCAGUUAUUAUACACAGCUAGUGGCAUAUAUGGUAGCUGUUUCACGCUGUUUCUGAAAUUUUUCACGUUAGUUAGCUGUGUCACGCUCAUGACAUUCUUCUUUUCUUGGGAAAUGAAAUCAGGCAUUCGAUUUGAAGCUACUGUUCCUGUUUACAAUCCUGUGGGUAGAAAUUGACACUAAUUCAGGACAACUCAUUGCCUUAGUCACUUAGUCGUUUUUUGUUUUUUUUCCAGUGAUACCUCAGGCUAUUUCGUAAUAGCCCUGACUAUUUGCGAGUGAUUUUUACAUUUUUUUAAUGGUAAGAAGAAAAUCACUUUGAAGAUCAGAAACAUAAUGUUUAUAAUAAUGCAAUCGAUUUUUGUUCAGUAUUUGUGCUUUGUCAGUUAAUGUGCUGUAACCUCAAGUGCAAGUGCUUUUGUAAAUUAUUAAAAUACUAAGGGAGAUCAAAACUGGUAUUUUAAAGGUGCUUUGAUGACUGCAGUUUGUAGUCAUUUAAAAAAAAAAAAGAAGUUUUUUUAAAGGAAUUUUUUGGACUUUCACAACAAAUGAAGUCAGGCAGACAAGGUAGUUGGUUAUGAACAAACCUUUUGUGUAAAUUUCUGCCACGAAACACAUCCAGUUCUUCAAUGCUACUGUGGUUAAAGACAUGUGCUGACAUCUACAAACAUGACCAAACUUCACUGUAACAUUAGAGGAUUUUUUACAGGAGAGCUAAGAGUUUGAUCUUUAUCUUAAACACAUUAAUACAAAGUAUAGCCCUAUUUGGACGGGAUUUACUUUACGUGGUGCACUCCAGUAAUUCCAUCAUUUGCACCUGCUACACAUUUGACUUGAUUUUUCAUGCAUGCCACUAUAUAUAUAUAUAUAUAUAUAUAUAUAUAUAUAUAUAUAUAUAUAUAUAUAUAUAUAUAUAUAUAUAACAUAAUACUGUAAAUUAAUAAAAAUGAACAACUGGAGACAUUUAUUAUGCUGUACUUAGACCACGGCGCUGUAGAAUUUAGUUGGCGCUGUAGUUUCAACACAGAGAUGUGUAAAAAAUGUUAUUACAAACGUCACCCAGAGACACUAAUCCCAUCCGAAUAGGGCGAAUUACUGCUAUUUUACAAGUUUCUUUUUAAAAAAAAAAAAAAAAAUUGGUUUUGUUUAAUAAUGUGGCUUAAAGCAAGUAUAUGAUGUUUCUCCUCAUUCUUUGUUCACUACAUUGUCCUCAUCAUUCCAACGCAUUAACUAAAGAAGCACGUCUCACCUGAUCGACUGCAAUUAAAUUGCAGAAAAUUGUACAUUAUGUUUUUGGCCGUACUGUUCCUUUAAGCUUGUUGCUGAAGACAGAAGUCUUCCACACCACUGGCCUUAUGAAAAGCCCACUGCAGUCCCUGUUAAUAAAAUAUGACUUGCAUUAA